AAAUCAGCUAGAGCUAGGGUGUAACAAUAAUUAUUACUACAUCUUUCAUACUGUUUAGUGUCUGAACAAAUACUUAAAUAUUUAUUUAAUUGCUUCUGGAUGAAACUGGAUCAAAAAAUUAUAAAAUUUCUUUAUACUUGAUCUAAACAGUUCACAUGUGGAUCUGAGUAAAUCACCAUGGCUACGUAUGAGGAGUUUAUCCAACAGAACGAGGACCGAGACGGUAUAAGAUUUACUUGGAAUGUGUGGCCUUCAAGUAGAAUCGAGGCAACCAGGCUGGUUGUCCCAUUAGUUUGUUUGUAUCAACCACUAAAAGAACGGCCAGACUUACCACCAAUACAGUAUGAACCGGUACUGUGUACUCGUAAUACGUGUCGAGCUGUGUUGAAUCCCAUGUGCCAGGUUGAUUAUAGAGCUAAAUUAUGGGUCUGUAACUUUUGUUUCCAAAGGAACCCUUUUCCUCCCCAAUAUGCAGCUAUAUCAGAGCAACAUCAACCAGCAGAACUGAUCCCUAACUUCUCAACAAUUGAGUACACGAUAACAAGAGCUCCAAGUAUGCCGCCAAUAUUCCUACUAGUAGUUGAUACAUGUUUAGAUGAAGAAGAAUUGGGAGCUUUAAAAGAUUCAUUGCAGACAUCUCUCAGUUUGAUGCCACAAAAUGCCUUAGUUGGUCUUAUAACAUUUGGACGAAUGGUCCAAAUUCAUGAAUUAGGUACUGAAGGAAUAUAUAAAUGUUAUGUAUUUAAAGGGACUAAAGACUUAUCAGCAAAACAAAUUUCUGAACAAUUAGGAAUUGGCCGUGUUAAUGCCCCUAACCCUCAACAGCGUCCAGGAGCCCCAACACCUCAACCCCCUGCUCACCGGUUCUUGCAACCUGUAAAGCAAUGCGACAUGGCUCUAACAGAUUUACUCAGUGAACUAGGUCGGGAUCCCUGGCCUCUUGGUGUGGGUAAACGACCCUUAAGAAGUAGUGGUGUUGCUUUAUCAUUAGCGGUUGGACUUCUAGAAGUCACAUACCCUAACACUGGGGCUAGGGUAAUGAUGUUCUUAGGUGGUCCAUGCUCACAGGGACCAGGUCAAGUUGUUAAUGAUGAACUUAAGCAACCAAUUCGGUCCCACCAUGAUAUUCAUAAGGACAAUGCUAAGUAUAUGAAGAAAGCCAUUAAACAUUAUGAAGCCUUAGCGUUAAGAGCUGCAACGAAUGGUCAUGCCAUUGAUAUAUAUUCAUGUGCUCUUGAUCAGACGGGUCUGAUGGAAAUGAAGCAGUGCUGUAACUCAACAGGAGGGCACAUGGUAAUGGGUGACUCUUUUAAUUCAUCUCUAUUCAAACAAACUUUCCAAAGAGUUUUUGUGAAGGAUCAGAUAGGAGAUUAUAAGAUGGCUUUCAAUGGUACAUUGGAAGUGAAGUGCAGCCGAGAGAUUAAAAUAUCUGGUGCAAUUGGUUCAUGUGUGUCAUUGAACACAAAGGGACCAUGUGUGUCCGAUCAGGAGGUUGGCAUGGGAAAUACAUGUCAGUGGAAGAUGUGUACUUUCACGCCAAGCACUACUAUGGCUAUUUUCUUUGAGGUGGUCAAUCAGCAUGCUGCUCCAAUACCUCAGGGAGGCCGCGGCUGUGUACAACUGAUAACACACUACCAACAUUCCAGCGGGCAAAGACGCGUUCGAGUCACGACUGUAGCCCGCAAUUGGGCGGACCCAGCGGUGAACCUGCCUCAUAUAGCAGCUGGUUUCGACCAGGAAGCAGCCGCAGUGGUGAUGGCCCGGCUCGUGGUCUACCGCGCGGAUCACGAAGACGGCGCUGACGUGCUCCGCUGGCUCGACAGAAUGCUUAUCAGACUGUGCCAGAAAUUCGGCGAGUACGCCAAGGACGAUCCGAACAGCUUCCGGCUGUCGGAGAACUUCAGCCUGUAUCCGCAGUUCAUGUACCACCUGAGGCGCUCGCAGUUCCUUCAGGUGUUCAACAACUCGCCCGACGAAACCACAUUCUACAGGCACAUGUUGAUGCGAGAGGAUCUAACACAGUCUCUCAUCAUGAUCCAGCCAAUCCUCUACUCGUACAGCUUUGGGGGACCUCCGGAGCCGGUCCUGCUUGACACAGCCUCCAUACAGCCAGAUCGGAUCCUGCUAAUGGACACAUUCUUCCAGAUUCUGAUCUACCACGGAGAGACAAUAGCCCAGUGGCGGGCGCUCCGGUACCAAGACAUGGCGGAGUACGAGAGCUUCGCCCAGCUGCUUCGGGCGCCCGUCGACGACGCCCAGGAGAUCCUGCAGACGCGUUUCCCCGUUCCCAGAUACAUCGACACAGAGCACGGUGGCUCGCAGGCUCGAUUCCUUUUAUCUAAAGUGAAUCCGUCUCAGACUCACAACAACAUGUACGCAUAUGGAGGGGCGAUGCCGAUUCCAUCUGCGGAUGGCGGUGCUCCCGUGCUGACAGAUGACGUAUCGCUCCAAGUGUUCAUGGAACAUCUGAAGAAGCUGGCAGUCUCCUCAACCGCAUAAAUACAUACUAUUUUUCCAAACUAACGGCCCGCUAUGAUGGUCGUUUUAACGUUUUCUCCGCUCAGUUUCGAUAAAAUUACCAAAUACAUUUGAAAGAACAUGCUGUUAUUAAUGAAAAUUAUUUUUAGCCAUCUUAAGAAAAGUCCUUCUUCUUGUCGUAUCCAUCAUGACUGAUGAUCGUGGUUGUAAUCCAGGCGGUUGUCAUAAUCUCCUAAAAUGUUUUGGGAUGGCUAGCCUAUGGGUUUCGGAUGGACCUCGUGAUCAUUUUCUUCAGUAUAUCCAACCACUGAUAACCUCUCCAAAAUAUCGUCGCCCUACCACAUUAUAUUACCGAAAUAGCAUAAGACAGUCGUGUCUUCAUUUUGGAGUCCAAUGUUCGAAUCGUAGUUGGUGCAAACAUUUGUAUGAUGAAUAUUAAUGUUUUUUUCCGAAUCCAGAAUGCAUAUGUAAUAAGUGUGAAAUGUGUCAAUUAUUAUUAUUUUAAAAUGCCCUAAAGCUCCUAAAGUGUAAACUGAGUGGCGCUCCUUGCUGUCCAUACUAUUCUCAGCACCAGAUCAAUUCGCUAUUCUCUUUUGUUUUGGUAGUUCAUGUUCCGCCUCCAUUUUAUAUAAAAAUCGGGAGAGUUAAAAAACAAGUCGUAAUUUCUUUCUGUAGUAACAUAACAUACCCAAUAUCCGGGUAACAUAACCGUUAUCUCCACCAUUCAGUUACGAAUUUUAAUUAAUAUUUUUUAAUAAUACUCUGUUGUCCUCGCUAAAAUUUGACGUAUUUCAAUGAGUAAUGUGAUACUGUAUUUGAAGUUUAAUUUUAUUUGUUAAAUGUGUGUUUGUCAAAGCGGCCAUCAUAGCGUGACCUAGUAGGUAUCUAGAAUUAUUAAUAACCAAUUAUUUAAAUAUAAUAUAAAAAUAUUAAAACGAAUUGAUAAAUAGACAGACAUUUAUUUUAAAUGAGUAUUUAUAUCUUUGUUUUUAAUUAAUACAACAACCCGUGCUCUUUUAAAACUAUUAUUUUUUGUAAAAUAAAUUUGGGAUUUUUGUUUAUAUGUUAGGAUAUAAUGAAUAUUGUUUAGCUAUUUUAUAAUUUGUUCCAUUGAAAUUGUAUAACCUGUAAAUGAUUAAAUAGAGUAUUUCUA